AUAAGACUAUUUAGAAAUAGAACGUGCAGUCGUCUCACGAGAUUCACGGGUAAACUAACAAGAGAACCAAAACCACAUGAAACCCUUUGUCUUCUAGUCAGGGGGCAUCUCGGCGCUUGGAAGUUCGUCGUUGAGGAUGCAAGAUUCUUUCUUCUUCGAAUUCUCCGCUGCAGCAUUCUUAAAUGCUCUCCUAUAUAUACCAGUGCAAAGUCUCAUGAUUUGCAAUUCCAGCUUCCAUAGUAUAAUUAAGCACCCUGAUCUCAACACUCACGCUCCUAUCAUGGAUUAUUUGCCGAUAGCCUUAGCGCUCGUCGUGACGGCCGCAUCAUGCAUAGCCAUCCACCUCCUGACCAGAGCCAAGAACAAGAAGGCACGGCCGGCCAACCUGCCCCCGGGCUCCCUCGGCCUGCCGGUGAUCGGCCAGAGCCUGGGCCUCCUCCGGGCCAUGCGCAGCAGCUCCGGCGACCGCUGGGUCCGGGACCGGAUCGACCGGUACGGGCCGGUGUCGAAGCUGUCGCUGUUCGGCACGCCGACGGUGCUCCUGGCGGGUCCGGCGGCCAACAAGUUCACGUUCUUCAGCAGCGCGCUGACGACGCGGCAGCCCCGGUCCGUGCAGCGGAUCCUGGGCGAGAAGAGCAUCCUGGACCUCCACGGCGCCGACCACCGGCGCGUCCGGGGCGCGCUGCUGGAGUUCCUCAGGCCGGACAUGCUCAAGAUGUACGUGGGCCGGAUCGACGGCGAGGUGCGGCACCACCUCGAGGAGAACUGGGCCGGUGGCCGGACCACAGUCACGGUGCUUCCGUUGAUGAAGCGGCUGACGUUCGACAUCAUCUCUGCGCUGCUCUUCGGGCUCGAGAGGGGCGCCGUAAGGGAGGCCUUGGUUGGGGACUUCUCGCGCAUGAUCGAGGGCAUGUGGGCCAUCCCCGUGAACCUGCCGUUCACGGCCUUCAGCCGGAGCCUCAGGGCCAGCGGCAGGGCUCGCCGGGCGCUUGAAGGGAUCACGCGGGAGAAGAAGGCCAAGCUGCUGGAGCAUGGCAAGAAGGAGGCCUCGGGGAACAACGAUCUCAUCACCUGCCUGCUCAGCUUGAAGGACGACCAUGGCAAGCCGCUGCUGACCGAUGAGGAGAUCGUCGACAACUCCAUGGUCGCCCUCAUCGCUGGCCACGACACGUCGUCUAUCCUCAUCACGUUCAUGAUUCGACACCUUGCGAAUGAUCCGGUCACCCUCGCAGCCAUGGUCCAAGAGCAUGAAGAAAUUGCGAAGAACAAGGCUGAUGGAGAGGCUCUGACCUGGGAAGACCUGACGAAGAUGAAAUUCACAUGGCGAGUUGCCCAGGAGACACUUCGCAUCGUUCCUCCGAUCUUCGGCAACUUCAGAAGAGCGCUCGAGGACAUCGAGUUCGAGGGCUACCACAUCCCAAAAGGAUGGCAGGUGUUCUGGAAUGCAAACGUGACGCACAUGGACGCAAGCAUCUUCCACGAGCCAGCCAAGUUCGACCCGUCCCGGUUCGAGAACCAGUCUGCAACGGCAGCGCCUCCAUGCUCCUUCGUGGCGUUCGGGGGCGGCCCGAGGAUAUGCCCUGGGAUAGAGUUUUCCAGGAUCGAGACGCUGGUGACCAUGCAUUACCUGGUGAGGCAGUUCAGUUGGAAGCUCUGCUGCAAGGAGAACACUUUUGUGAGAGACCCCAUGCCGUCGCCGCUGCAUGGCCUGCCCAUCGAAAUAAAACAAAGGACCUCUCCUUGUUCGCGGCCGAAAUCCACAGCAACCUCAGAAGAUCAAUUAAUAGCAGUGUAGCUGAACACGGAAUGAAAGGGAGUGCAAUAUAUGCAUACAUAUAUAACGGACAAUCGCAGUGGUUUGUAUACAAAAGUCAUGGUUUUCUUGCCAGCCAUAUAUAUUUCAAGAUAAGAAUAUAAUUUAUUUU